AUGGUUACAGGUGCCACUACAUUGCCUCUGACAGAAGUUUCUGUUCCAGAUGUAUCUCCAGCAAAAGAAACUUAUGAUGAAUGUUUGGUGGCAAAAUCUUCUUUUGUAGCUGCUUGGCUCCUAAAAACAAUCAAAGCAGUCCCUUCAGUGCCUAAGAACUACCAGCACAUCCUGGCCUUGGCAUUUGCUGUAAGAGAGAUAAAUCAAAAUCCCAGCAUCUUACCAAACAUGUCUUUGGGGUUUCACAUCCUCAACAGCUACUUCACUGCAAAGAUGACCUGUAAGGCCACCCUCAGCCUGCUUUCCACACAACAUAGGUUUGUCCCAAACUUCAAGUGUGACAACCAGAACAAUCUGAUGGCUCUCAUUGGAGGACUGAUGUCUAAAACCUCUGUCAAUAUUGGCACUUUCUAUGCCAACUACAAGAUUCCACAGCUCACAUAUGGAUCAUUUUCUCCAGUGCAGGAUGACAAAACUCUAUUUUCAUCUUUGUACCAGAUGGUCCCAGGUCAAACCCAUCAGUAUAUGGGAGCUAUCAGAUUACUUCACCACUUCAGAUGGACAUGGAUUGGGCUCUUUGCUGUGGAUGAUGACAAUGGGGACAAGUUUUUGCAGACCAUGGUGCCCAUGCUUUCUGAAAAUGGCAUCUGUUAUGCCUUCAUAGUGAGAACACCAAAACAGGCUUAUGUGGAUAAGUUGAUAGAUGUGCUCUUGGGACAAAUGGAGAAAUAUGCAGUUCUUAUGGACAAAAAAGCCAAUGUAUUUUUUGUACAUGCAGAGCCUCCAACCUUCCAGGGUUUGAGAUUGUUUCUGUUUAUGGCACCCUUCUUUUCAUUGCCACCUCUGGGUAAAGUGUGGAUUGUUACAUCCCACUGGGAUUUUGCAUCACUGUCUGUUCAAAAGAAUUGGGAUAUACAGAUGUUCCAUGGUUCCAUAUCCUUCACGGUUCACUCAAAGCAGCCCUUAGGAUUCCAAAAGUUCCUUCAGAUGAUCAGACCUUCCUGGGACAAAGGAGAUGGCUUUAUCCAAAACUUCUGGGAACAAGCAUUCAACUGUCCAUUAAAAAUGUCUAAUAUGAUUGAACUGCAUCAGUUUUUAAAGAGCAUAUUCUUCAACAAUACUCUUGGAGACACUAUUGCUUUUAAUGAAAACGGAGAAUUAGUUGCUGGCUUUGACAUUACAAACUGGUCAGUCUUUGCAAAUGGCUCUGUUCUUAGAGUAAACAUUGGAAGACUGGAUCCUCAGGCUCCACCAGGCCAAAAAUUAAGCAUCCAUGAUGACCGAAUCGUGCUGCCUCUUUCUGUGUGCAACGACAACUGCCAUCCUGGCUACAGCAGGAAAAAGAAGGAAGGAGAGAAAUUUUGCUGCUAUGACUGUGCUUUGUGUCCGGAAGGGAUGAUCUCGGACAAGAAGGAUGUAGAUGCCUGUGUGAAAUGUCCAGAAGAUCAGUAUCCCAACAAGGUCCAAAAUCAAUGCAUUCCCAGGGUAAUAAGCUACCUCUCAUAUGAAGAACCUUUAGGGAUCACUUUAGCUUUGCUUGCAGUUGCUUUUGCUAUGAUAACAGCUCUGGUACUUGGAAUCUUUUUGAAGUACCGGGACACUCCCAUCGUCAAAGCCAACAAUCAGACUCUCACCUACAUCCUCCUUGUCUCCCUCCUUCUUUGCUUCCUCUGCUCUUUGCUGUUCAUUGGAGAGCCAAAAGAGAUGACCUGCCUUCUCCAGCACAUGGCUUUUACCAUCAUCUUCUCAGUGGCCCUUUCCAGUAUUUUAGCAAAGACCAUCACUGUGGUUCUGGCUUUCAUGGCAACCAAACCAGGAUCCAAGAUGAGGAAAUGGGUGGGGAAAAGCUUAGCAAAUUCAAUUGUCUUUUCUGGCUCUUUUAUUCAAGCAGGACUUUGCAUGGUUUGGCUAGGUACUGCUCCUCCAUUCCCAGAUAUGGACAUGCACUCACUAAAUGGGAUAAUAAUAGUAGAAUGUAAUGAGGGCUCAUCUACCUUGUUUUACUGUAAUUUGGGCUACAUGGGUUUCCUGGCCAUUGUAAGCUUUACUGUGGCUUUCCUAGCUAGGACAUUGCCAGAUACUUUCAAUGAAGCCAAGUUCAUCACUUUCAGCAUGUUGGUGUUUUGCAGCGUUUGGGUGUCCUUUGUUCCUUCUUACCUGAGCACCAAGGGGAAAUACAUGGUGGCUGUGGAGGUUUUCUCUAUCUUAUCCUCCAGUGUGGGUGUACUGGGCUGCAUCUUUUCUCCUAAAUGCUAUAUCAUUGUGCUGAGGCCCAAACUGAAUACCAGGGAACAGCUAAUUGGGAGAAGAACAGUAUAA